AUGGCAUCAGCUGGGGAGUCGGAGACAGCCUCGCGCCGUAUUUACGAGAGUUCGUCUCCCCUCGGCGCCUUCAACCAACCAAGGCCAUUCUCUCUGACUUCCAAGUCUCGCACAUGGGAAGACCACCAUUGUAGAUCUCUCAUCGGGCCUCUAAAUUCUCUCUCUCAGCAUCGCCGGAAUAUGAUGGACGGCGGUGACGGAACGCACGAAGCCCGAUCGGUCUUCAAUUUGGAGCCAGACGUUGCUGUUUCGUCACCAGUCACCAGACAGAAGGCCGCUGCGGCGAAGCAGUUCAUUGAGAAUCACUACAAGAACUACCUCCAAGGCUUGCAGGAUCGUAAAGAAAGGCGUCGAGCGGUGCAGAGGAAGGGCGCAAGAAGCGAAGAUGUCGAGCGAAGAAGAAGAGGAGAUGCUGAGGAACUUGGAACGCAGAGAACAGAGUACAUGAGAUUGCAGAGGCACAAAGUGGGAAUCGAUGACUUCGAGCAAUUGACUGUAAUUGUAAAGGUUAGACUAUGUCGAGCCAAAAGUACAGGAGAGAUUUAUGCUAUGAAGAAAUUGAAGAAAUCAGAGAUGCUUAGCCGUGGACAGGUUGAGCAUGUUCGUUCAGAAAGAAAUUUGCUAGUUGAGGUUGAUAGCCGAUGCAUCGUGAAACUCUCUUAUUCUUUCCAAGACUCUGAUUUUUUGUACCUUAUCAUGGAGUAUUUACCUGGUGAAAGCAUUCUAGCUAUUCAUUCAAUUCACCAGCACAGCUAUGUGCACAGGGACAUAAAGCCAGAUAAUCUGAUAUUGGAUAAAAAUGGCCAUUUAAAGCUUUCAGAUUUUGGGUUGUGCAAACCUCUUGAUGAUAAAUAUUCAACAAUGUUGUUGGAAGAUGGAGACCUCUUAUCUCAGGAUUCAACCCAAGAUAAUGAAGGGCAUGCUGGCUCUGAAAGGCCUCCUUGGUUAAUGCCAAAGGAGCAAUUGCAACAGUGGAAAAGAAAUCGUCGUGCACUUGCAUAUUCCACUGUUGGAACUCUUGAUUAUAUGGCACCUGAAGUUUUGCUUAAGAAAGGCUAUGGAAUGGAAUGUGACUGGUGGUCUCUGGGGCAAUCAUAUGACCCAAGGAUGACAUGUCGCAAGAUAAUAAAUUGGAAAACAUGCUUGAAAUUCCCGGAGGAGCCAAAAAUAUCAGAUGAGGCUAAGGAUCUAAUUUGUCGCUUGUUAUGUAAUGUUGAAACAAGGUUGGGCACAAGAGGAGUGGAAGAAAUAAAGGCACACCCAUGUUUAAAUGCAUUAAGUGGGACACUGCUGUAUGAAAUGGAGGCUGCCUACAGACCCACAGUCACUGGGGACUUGGAUACUCAAAAUUUUGAGAAAUUUCCUGAGGUGAGGAUACAGAUGGGUGAAGAUCCACCUUCCACAAUAACAAAAGUGGGUCCAUGGAGAAAGAUGUUGACUUCAAAAGAUGCUAACUUCAUAGGGUAUACUUUCAAGAAAUCUGACAUUUUGAAAUCAGUUGGAAGUUCA